AUGGGCUGUGUCGGUUAGAAACAGAAUAAAAAACAAUCAUAAAAUAUGCUUCAUAUACAAAGUCAGUCAAACUCAACUUUGAAAUCAAAGAGAAAACUGUGCAUUGAAUCUUUACCCAUGACUGAUUCUAAACAAUAGAUUCAAUUAUAUCGAUCGAUUGAUAUCUCAAAAGACUAAGAAUUUGUUUUGAUGAGUGUGAAGAUGUUCAUUCCGAAAAAUCAAGAAUCUCCAAAUUCAACUCCAAAAUUUAAUCAAAGUCUUCAGUUUGGAAUAGGAAAUAAUAGAAAUAAGGUUGUUAUAUGA